AUGUCAUUGUUAGGGGCUCUUGUUUCUGGGCAUAUCGAUGGGAAUAAGAGCAGGUGGUGGGUGAGACAUUUCGUUGUUGGCUUGCUCGUUUAUUCUACAAAUAAUUCCUUGGCAUUAGUAUCGCCAAUUGAUCCUAGUUCUCCGGGCACUACAGUGUGGGUCGAUACGAACGAGAGAUUAGUUCAAUUCAGGCGGGACCAAAGCCAAGAAUGGUCUGAAUUCGAGACUUGGGGGUUUUUUUUCUUGGAUGAUGAUCGGGUGCUUCGUACAAUCAAGGUGAAAGGUGAAAUACAAGAGAUUGGUGGUCUAGGCAAACCCACAAACAAAUAUGGAACAUCAUGUUGGAAUUAGGUUUAUGUGAGAAAUAAUUUGGACCAGUCCUUCAAAGGGUGCAUUUGUAAAGAUGACCAAAAAAAAAGUUUAGAAGGUGAUUUUUUCCCCAACUAGAUUGGACUUAUUUGAGUCUCGG